GUGUUUAAUGAGCGGCGGUUUUGAGCCUCUUGGGCAGGCAGGGACUCUAAAUAUGGCUUAUUGUUCAAAAAAACGUUGUUUGAUGCUCGCUAAGAUACUCGCAGUCGUGUUUAGGCACGAAUCCAAGGAUGUGGUGAAGUAGCUUGCCAGUUGGCAGAACUGUUGGUAUUUCUCCCGCCCGUUUUCCGAUUGGCCAGUAGUUAAGUCCCUCAAGCAGUUCAGCCGUUUUAGAACGCUUCGGGGACCAAUCAGGGCGCAGGAAGGGCGGGUCUGGCCGGAAUACGGGUGGGGAAAAAAGUCGCUUGGCUGCUGUGUAUAAAGUAGGUGAAGGGUCAGGCUCAGUGUUCAGCGUGGAUUGAGAGCCAGAUCUGCCGUGUGAGGCUGUGGAACAAAGCCCAGAGCAUUUGAGGGAUCCACCUGAGACUUUAGGAGACCUGCAGGCUGUAGAAGCUCUCGUUUCCAUGAAGAGCAAAUGGAAGGAUAGAAGUUUUUGGCAUAAGGAGCUCCGCCCACUUACGCCGUCCUCCGACUCCUGGGAAGAGUCCGUCUGCGCAGGCCCAGCUGAUUUCCAGGAGUCUGCUUUGGCACUUCAGUGCAUGACCCCACCCUAUAGCCCUCCAGCUACUGAACUGGUUCAGAGUGACACACUGGAGGGUUUGGAUAACAGCGCUUCACUCUGCUCCCCACAGCAACAGGGUAGGACCAUCAGUGUGAUCCGUCACACUUCUGACCCGCUGCCAUGUCCCGCUGGAGAAAAAGACGAACAGGCCUGCACCCUUAAACCCGCGCCAAGCCCUCUCAGCCCCACCCAGAGCCGCUUGAGUGUCCAGCCUGGCACAGACACGGGGGUGAAUCAUGAUCCUCCAGGCUCGGGUACCCCCACCCUGCCAACUCCCCCAGUAGCUCCGCCCACUGUAACUCUAGCCACCCCUGGUGUUCCUACAGCUAGCAUGUCUUCAGUAGCGCUAUUCCAGAUCCUUCCACUCACGCCCUCUGCGAACUCGACGGUCAGCGCCCCACCUGCGCCCACAGCUAAUCCACCGAACGUCUGUCCAGGAUCAGCAGUUUUAGUGUGCGGUCCUGUAGUGGGCACUCAGACUCCCUCCGGCCCCAUCAUGGUGCUGGUGCCCCAGCCAGCUCCACUCACGCAGCAUGUGGUGGUAACCGCCACUGGGUCAAAGUUCACCUCCAUUGCCCCUGCACCAGGCCACUUGCCUGCCGUGCCAAAGACUGCGACCCAGCCUGAGCCGCCACGAGUUCGCUGUCACGUCUGCACCCACCCCAACUGCGGAAAGACCUACUUCAAAAGCUCGCAUCUCAAAGCGCACCUGAGGACACACACAGGCGAGAAGCCGUUUACGUGCCAGUGGGACGGCUGCGGGAGGCGUUUUUCUCGCUCAGACGAACUGUCCCGCCACAGACGCUCUCACACAGGCGAGAAACGCUUCUCCUGUCCCGUGUGCCACAGCCGCUUCAUGCGCAGCGACCACUUGUCAAAACACGCCCGCCGCCAUCUAAUGACCAGGAGGCCUCCGGCCUGGCAGACGGAAAUCAGCCGGCUCCACAGCAUCACCAACGGGGGGCGCAUUCUCCUCCCCCUCAGCCCCAAACCAGGGAGCUGAGGGCCGGACUCAGAACCGAGAAGGUUCACACAGAACUUUAAAGCAUGGAAGAUCAAUUCCGAGCGCUGAAAUUUUAAACUGCACAUACGUGACGUACACAGGGACAUCAGAUCAAACGCUAUGCCAAAUCAUUUUUUACCAUUUAACUGACUAGUUUGGGAUAAUUUUUCUGAAAUGCAAUUUGUGUAGGCAAAUUAAUGUGCAAACUACAUGCUGCUAAGUGCCUUUUUUCACGGGCUUGACUGUAAAAGUCACUACAAAGGUGAUCUGCAGAAGAAAACAUAUAUAAAUAAGUUGCAGUUACACAACCCUGACAUUAGGGGGUGCUGCGGAACUCUCAGCACCUUCACUUUAUGUGUUCCAGACCAGAUCAGCCCUUAAUGUUGGGGAUCUGCAGAUUUUGCCCCCUUGCUUAAGCUGACAGUAGGGUGCAGUCAGCUGCACAGACUGUUAGAAAGUGAUUAAAAACAUAAUGUGGAUUUUAAGGGCAAUUCCACCAAAUAUUAAAAAAUUCUGAAUUGUUUACUCAUUGAGAUAUAAAGAAAGCCAUUAGUUUGAUGUGAAAUGGUUCACUGUAGAAACAUUUACCAGCUCAGAAUUCUUUACAGUGGUGGUGAUAGGAACCCGGGCUCACGAUUUCCAAUAAUGUAAACAUAAGCAUUUUAUUUGCUCUAUAAAAUGGCAAGUGAACCGACACGUCUUCGGAGUUUGUUGGUGAUCAAUCAGAAAAACAAGUUCUGUUUGUGGGCAGGAACGCCCUGCAUAAAAAAUCUGUUUUAGGCUAAAACGGUGUCUCAGACAUGAGGCAGCAUAUUCAAAACCAUUCCGUGUAAUAACUGUCUGUGACGGAGCUUUUAGAGCUGUUAACUUCAUCUGGUUCCCAUCACCACCACUGUGAACAACUCUAACUGGGGCAUUUCACAUAAACAACUCUGAAUGACUUCGUUUGACUGUUUAAUUAAUCAGAAACUUUUUAAAAAAAGGUGGAAUUCUCCCUUAAGACUAAGAGACGUUGCACUAAAAUGUUUGGUAAAUAUAUGUUAGUAAAUAUAUCAUGCCCUGUAGGUCCUGCUUGGUGAAUUCAGUAAUGCUUAAGAAUGUUUAUAUGGGAAAAGAGGCAGAUUUAAACACUGAGAACGUAAUAUAAUGUAAUAUAUUGAGUUGUAUUGUAUGGGAAUUUGGUUUGCUUCUCUCACUACUUCAACUAGAAGCACUUUUUCUCAUGCUACAAACAUUCUAUCAACCACUAACUACUAAGUGCCAUUUGCUUCAUCCACCUGUGAUAUGAGGACAGUGAUUCACACCAAGGGCAGCCUGGAGAUCAUGGUGAAAAAACGUCUGCUAUUGCGGUUGGUCUGAAAGAAAAAGGUAAAAUGGGAGUAAACAGCUGACAGUUCGCACUGUUCUUAUGCAACAGCACAUGUGAAAUGUGGAUUGUUUGAAAUCCAACAUGCAGUUUAGUUCAGUUCACUUAAGUUGAAGCCAGUCUUUUACAAUUGGGUUUUAAGAAGUAUUUAAACACUGAAGACACUUUAUUCCUCAUGGCUGCCUGACCAAAAUUCACAAAUUCUAUUUUUCUAUUUUGUACAAUCUGAGCUGCUUUAUUUUUGUUAUUGCCGAGUGUUUGUUUACAGCCUUUAAUAGUUAUUUGAAAAAAUACUGAAUGUUUAAAAUUGUGUAAUACUGUGGUUGUGAUCAGUAAAUUGUACCAUAGUGCCAUUUCUCACCGGGCUCGUCUUGUUCAGUGAGCAAGUGUUAAAUGAACACGUGUAAACUUGCAUGUAUACGAAAAUAAACUGAGUCACUUCA